AUGAACGAUUCAACUAUUCAAUUGAAUGAUUUACCCGAUGAAAUUCUUAUGAUGAUUUUGGAAAAACUAUGGAAUAUCAGAGUGCUCUAUUCUCUAAUAGGUAUUAAUAGAAAAUUAGAUAGAAUUACAUGUGAUCCAGUUUUUACAAGAUACUUACAAUUGAUGAAUGGAAUUUCACACAAUUCAGUCGGUCAAUUAUCAGAAAUAGUUUUAAAUCGAUUUUGUUCAGAUAUUUUACCUAAAAUUCAUCAUCAUAUUCGACGACUUGAUCUAGAAUCAUCAACUAUGGAACGCAUACUUUCUACGUCGAACUAUCCUAAUUUACAUCAACUUGGCCUAUUUAAUCUUCAUGCAAAAACGGCUGCAUCUCUUUUCACAAGCCAAUCUCCUUUAAAUCAUAUAGAUGCAAACCAAAACGAUUUACUUAUUAUCGUCAUUAAACAAUAUGGAGAUAUGUGUGAACGUUCAGAUAUAAAUUUACUGAUACUUAUACAUAUCUUAACAAUAUUUUGCAACUUGAAAUACUUUUCUUUCGAUACAUCACAGCAAUUAUCCUUUGGUAAUUCACCUCCAAAUAUAUUUUCAUCAACUUUAGUAGAAUUGCAUGUAUCUUUGAACGAUUUGACUGAUUGUCUUUAUUUACUUGAUGGACGCUUUAGUCAACUUCAUACCCUUCGCGUUUUUAGUGUACGCGAAAAAUCUACACAUGUAAUAAUUGAUAAUAAGGAUACAUUACCAAAUUUAAAACAUUUUUCGCUGGAUCAUAGAUUCUAUACAGAUUUAUAUGAUAGUUUAAUUAUACCACUUCUACAACGAAUGAUUAAUUUAGAAGAGUUGGAUUUAUAUCUUAAAAUCUCUCGUAAACAAACAGUGCCAUUCGAACAUGAAUUUUUUCUUCGAAUUACUCAAGCAUUUCCAAAUGUGAAAAUAUUAAGAUUAGACAAUGAACAACCUCAAAAGAAAAAUCAUCAAGAUUCUUCAAUAACCAGAUACUUUCAUUUAACUGAACUUCAUCUACUUGAAGUUCACGAUGAUUAUAUCGAAGAAUUUCUAAGUGAUUCGAAGACAUGUUUACCCAACACUGUCGAUCUUACCAUCGAAUAUGAAGCAAUGCAGAGAGUGACAGAAAAUUUUACAAGAAGUACGACACAAAUCAAUUGUUCCAAAUUAGUUCGUUUAAAUUUAUAUGUACUUGAUGAUGAAAAUGAUGUAAAUUUAGAUGAUAUUAAACAUUAUUUUCCUCAUGCAAAAAUAUUUGCUAAAUCAUAA